AUCACAACUUAACAAUAAAGUUUAAUCACAAAUCACAAUUACAAAUAAUAAUAAAACAUGGCUAGCUCUUUUUUCACUAAUAAUGUGAAGUUUCUCUCUGCUCAUGUUCUUGGAGGAUUCUCCAUCUCUCUUAUUACCAGACGUACGUACGCGGUGGCAACAGCACAAAGUGUAGCAAGCGGAGGAAGAGCCACCAUAAGUGGCAGCAAAAUGGGGCCGGCGACGGUGGAAGAAAAGGUGGCAAUUGCUAAAAAGGUGUCAUGGAUGCCGGACACAGUCACCGGUUACUACAAACCAGAAAACACCAAUGAGAUCGAUGUUGCUGAGCUCAGAGCUUCACUUUUGACCAAAAAAUUCAACCAUUAAUAAUAAUUAUGUGACUCCAACAAAACAUAGGUUAUGAUUACAACAAUAAAAUUCUGAUUAUGUUUCAUGUAUGAUAUACUAGUAGCAAAAGGUGAUGAAUUCGGACAUGAAGAUUGUGAUUUAAUAGGAUCCCGCUAGGGAGACAAUGGACUAUUUGUACAAUGUGUACAAUGGGUUAUUGAGUUACAAAAUGAACAUCUUCCAUACUAUCUAGAAUAACCAUCCGAGUACUAGCGAUAAUAAACAUCUUCUCAAAAGCUUAAACUAAUUUUGGGGUUCACCAAGAAUCGAACUCUUGACCUUUUAGAUCUAGAGCUCUAAUACUAUGUCAUGAUACCGCUCAUCCCAAAAACUUCAGCUAAUAGAAAAAGGUAACACUAAUGAUUAUAUCUCUAAUACUUCCUAAACUUCUAUUGUACACAUUGUAUAAAUAUUCUAUUGGCUCCUCAUACUUUCCCGAUUUAAUAUUUCAAGCAUCGUUUGUGAUUUGUGAACCUUACUUAAUUGAACCUCUAGGCGAAUAUUAGCAACUCUUACUGUAUUUUCUUUUUUCGGAAUAAAUACUCAAAUUGGUAUUCCAGUUUCUAUUGAAUUAUUAAA